AUGGCUACUUACUACUCGAGCCCUGGCAGCGAAAGAGAGUCGCAAGACAUGUACUCAAGAGACCCGGGUGGUGCAUCCUAUCCGAUGUCGUCUGCUCUGGGCAACUUGCUCUAUCUCAACAAUCCAUCUUCUGGGCCAUACACUGAGUUCAGCGGCAUUCUGCAGACUCAGCAGAAUUUCAUGGAGAUGCCUGGCCAUGGCCAUCAUUCUGCAAUGUCCCAGGACUCAUCGGCAAGGGAGUCGCAGGACAUGCUUGCUUCCCACCAUGGGCAACGCUCGUUUGGUCAUGUGAAAGAUAUGAAGAAUGAGAUGUUGAUGCAUAUGAUGGAUGGGGCACAGAGUGGUGGUGCUGAACUCAUCCACGAUGAUCCCCACAAUGGUGCACAGUUCGAGUUUGGUGUCCUGAACAACCAUGACUCGUCGGAUGUUCCGGUAGGGCAAGGCCAAGGCCAAGGCCAAGGGCUGUCUCUGAGCCUCAACACACAAAUCCUCGCGCCGUCCUUGCCAUACUGGUCUAUCAAACCAGACAUGUUGACGCCAAACUCUUACCAGGAAAGCCUUAGAAUAGACGACAUCCGGAUGAAGAACAUGCAGUCUGAGGCCUCUCGUGCGAUCCGGCACUCGAGGUAUCUCAAGGCAGCUCAAGAAGUGCUAGAUGAAGUUGUGAAUGUUUGGAAGAACAUCAAACAGAAAGCUCAGAAAGAGCAAGCUGAACCUGGUAAAGCAGAUGGCAAAGAGACCGAUGGAGGGCCAAAAAGCGAGGGCGCAUCGCAAGAAUCCGGCGCAAAUGCAGCACCUGAGCUGUCCACUGCUGAGAAGCAAGAGCUUCAGAACAAGAUGGCCAAACUGAUGGCAAUGUUGGAUGAGGUGGACCGGAAAUACAAGCACUAUUACCACCAAAUGCAAAAUGUGGUUGCAUCUUUUGACAUGGUGGCUGGGCCCGGAUCUGCCAAGCCUUACACCGCAGUUGCUCUGCAGACAAUCUCACGACAUUUCCGGUGCUUGAAGGACGCUAUCAAUGAUCAGAUCAAUGUUAUCAGGAAGAAGCUCGGCGAGGAAGAAAAUUCGUCUAGCAAGGAAGGCAAAUUGACCCGUCUUCGGUACAUUGAUCAGCAGCUAAGGCAACAGCGUGCUUUCCAACAGUACGGUAUGAUUCCUCAGAAUGCCUGGAGACCGCAGAGGGGACUGCCUGAAAACUCGGUUACAGUUCUUCGUGCUUGGCUCUUCGAACACUUCCUUCACCCGUAUCCAAAAGAUUCUGAAAAGUUAAUGCUUGCAAGGCAGACUGGCUUGACAAGGAGUCAGGUAAUAUAUACCAUUGUCUUUUCCUGUGCUGAAUCAUUGAUCUACACUUGA